AGUCAAUUUUAGAUUUUCGGCGGAGUGGAAGUAAAAUAUCUCGUGUGCAGAAAAUUCUUUUCCCGUUUCUCCAAAAUUAUGGCUGCAGAAAUUGUUUAUUAUAAUCCUGAAUUACUGACAACACCUACACAUAUUGUCUGCCCAAAGUGUCACAGUCCUACGAAUACAAAUGUAGAAGUAAAGAACACCAACAAGACCCAUUUCUUUGCAUUUCUCAUGUGUCUUGUCGGAUGCUGUCUAUGUGCUUGGUUGCCAUAUACUAUCAAUGAUUGCAGAGCUGUUCGUCAUUAUUGCCAAAAGUGCAAUCGUUAUGUUGGAAGUUAUAAAAACAACUACCGAUUCUGUUAAGAUGAUUUAAACCUUUCAAGAAGAUGUUAAAACUAUCACCAUUUGUUAUUAAAUCGUGUUUAGUGUCGUUAUUAGUUCAACAUUUCUCACACAUAUCGUGAGGUUAAUGAAACCUUCUCGACCUUCACCGUUACGCUCAAAGUGUCUGCCAGAUUAUCUUAAGCUUAUUUUCACUUCUUCAAUAAUAACAUGUUUGUUAAAGUUACUUUUCACUAACAUGCAUUUAUCUUUUAGUCAUUGUAUUAAUCGGUUUCAUACAAGUUCACUACAGAUUUGUGUAAAUUAUAAUUUUUUAAAAAAUACGAAGCAGCGACUAGAUAUUUGAUUAAAAUAAUUUUUCUCUGUGAACAUGAAGUGAAUUAUUUUCUACGUGAAUAAAUUGUUAUUUUUAAAACAAAAA